UCAACGUUCGAAUGGGUAACAACAAGUGCCAAUAAUGGAGCCAGUGUACAUACCGCUCGUGGUCAUCGCGCUGCUUUAUAUUCUUUACCAUUACUUCACGAGGAACUUCAACUACUGGAAGAGCAGAGGCAUCGUUGGACCAGACCCCGUUCCUUUAUUCGGUAACAUCAUAAAAGCUGCGCUCCGUUAUGAAACUCAUGGACAAGCAAUCGCUAAGAUCUACCACCAAUAUCCAAAUGAGAAAGUUGUCGGUGUUUUUAGAAUGACUGACCCUAAUCUUUUGAUCAGAGAUUUGGAUAUUAUUAAACACAUAUUAAUAAAAGAUUUUGAUGAAUUCUCCGACCGUGGAGUUGAACUCAGUAAAGAAGGUCUUGGAACAAAUCUAUUUCACGCUGACACUGACACUUGGAGAGCGCUCAGAAAUCGUUUCACGCCAUUAUUUACAUCAGGAAAAUUAAAGAACAUGAUUAAAUUAAUGACUGAUAGAGGAAACCAGUUCGUUGACUACGUAGAAAACAUUAUAGAAAAUGAAACAGAACAGAAAAUCCACACACUCGUUCAGAGAUACACUAUAUCUACAAUAUCUGCAUGUGCGUUUGGCAUAGAUAUUAACGAUAUUUCAGAUGAUAAUCCGAUAAUUAAAACUCUCUAUAAAAUUGACCGUGAACUAUUCAGUAUUAACUUCGCCUUCGAAUUAGUUUUAAUGUAUCCACGUUUGUUCAAGAAGUUGAAUAUGACAGUUUUUCCAAAAUAUGUCACAGAUUUCUUUUAUAAACUAACGACCUCAAUAAUCAGUGAGAGAGGAGGCAAGCCCACGGAUAGAAAAGAUUUUAUGGAUUUGAUUUUGGAACUGAGGAGUCAAAAAGAAAUUCAGAGUUCAAACAGGUACGACAACGAAAAGCAAGUGCAUUUAGAGAUAUCAGACAGUAUCAUCGCUGCGCAAUCCUUUGUCUUCUUUGCAGGUGGAUACGAAACUAGUGCUACUACUAUGAGUUUUAUGCUAUAUUUAUUGGCGAAAAAUCCACACAUCCAAGAUAAAUUGCAUAAAGAAAUAGAUGAAACACUUGACAAACACAACAGUGAACUAACAUAUGAAAUAAUCAAAGAAAUGACUUAUUUACGCAAGGUAUUUGAUGAGACACUUCGUCUUUACCCCCUAGUGGAACCGCUGCAACGAAGCGCACGUUCGGACUAUGAAGUCCCUGGAACUGAUAUUGUCAUUAAAAAAAAUCAAAUAGUGUUAAUCACGCCUCGUGGUAUACAUUACGAUCCUAAAUAUUACCCAAAUCCAGAAGUAUUUGAUCCGGAGAGAUUCAGUUCUGAAGCUAUAGCAGAGAGGCAUCCUUGUGCUUACAUGCCAUUUGGAGUUGGACCAAGAAAUUGCAUUGGCAUGCGUUUCGCUAAGUUGCAGUCCAGCAUCUGUAUUAUCAAGUUAUUGUCAAAAUUCCGAGUGGAGCCAUCUGAGAACACGCUGAAGGAGAUGCAGUUUGAUCCAAAGCGGGUGGUGAUGUCUCCCUUUGGUGGAAUUUUAUUGAAUAUAGUCAAGAGAAAGUAAAGCGAUUCGGCACAUUCAAUGUUUAGUUUUAAGUAAUAAUGUUAAUCUUAAUAUAGUUAAUACUAUAAAUGUGAA